AUGCCGGGCUCGCGCUGCGGCUCCUGCUUCGACUACAAGACGGCCAAGUUCUCGCUGACGCGGAACCGGCGGGUGGGGCUCCUGCACCGGCUGCUGCAGCUGAGCGCGCUGGGCUACCUCUGGGGGUGGGUGCUGCUGCUGCGGAAGGGGUACCAGGAGCGCGACGGCGGCCACCGCGUGUCGCCAGUGGUCACCAAAGGUGAAGGGGGCGGCUCCCGCCCGGCCGCGGGCCGGCGGCUCUGGGACGCGGCGGAUCUCACCUGGCCCCCGCAGGGAGAAAAUGUGCUUUUUCUGGUGACCAAUUUCAUUGCCACAGCCCAGCAGGCCCAGGGCACCUGUCCCGAGAGCCCCUCUGUCCUUGACGCGAUGUGCACAGAAGAUGCAGAUUGUCCCAUGGGAAACCCUGUGGUUCAUGGCAAUGGGAUAAAAACUGGGAAAUGUGUGAUGUUCAAUGCCACCCGUUCCACCUGUGAGAUCUAUGGCUGGUGUCCUGUGGAGAACAGUACCCUGCCCAGGAAACCUCUUCUGGCUGAGGCGGAGAAUUUCACUCUCUUUAUAAAAAACACUGUCCACUUCACCAAAUUUAACUUCUCCAAGUGCAACACUUUACAAACCAGUGACCCCAGCUAUUUCAAGAGCUGCACAUAUGAUCCAGUCUUCAAUCCCUUCUGUCCUGUGUUCCGUGUACGUAACAUGGUGGAGGCAGCUGGAGAGCACUUCGGAGACCUCGCACUGCUGGGGGGGAGCAUUGGAGUUCUCAUCAAGUGGGACUGCGACCUGGACCACCCUGCUGCCCAGUGCCAGCCACAGUAUUUCUUCAGCCUGCAGGACACAAGGUACAAUUUCAGAACUGCCUCUUACUAUUGGGGCUCCCAGCGGCAGCUCUACCGGAACCUGCUGAAGCUUUACGGCCUCCGCUUCGACAUCUCCGUGCACGGCCAGGCUGGGAAGUUCAGCAUCAUUCCUACUGCCGUGAGCUUUGGCACAAGCAUUGCCUUCUUUGGUGCUGCUACAGUGGUCUGUGACCUAGUUCUGCUCUACCUGGAUGCAAAGGCUGACCUGUAUUGGAAGGAGAAGUUCGAGGAGGCAAAACCCCCUAAAGGUAAGCCCGAGGCCUCAGCUUAUGGACAUCGGGAAUGCUCCACCACAAGCACCCUUCCCUCCAGAGCCACUUCCAGGUAGACGUGAUGGGGGCAUGGCUGCGGCCCAGGUGGAGGUGGGCCAGUCCUGGCCCAGGUGUGCACUGCUGGGGUUAAGGUCUGCCUUUCCUGGAGAAACAUUGGCAGUGGCAGCAGCAGCAGUUCUUGGCUCUUGGAACACAAAGCCAUCCCAGCUGCCACUACCAGCACUGAUAACUGGUGCCGGAGCAGAGCUGUGCUGGGCAAAAGAGGCUUAAACCUCUUUAUGUUUCUCCACAUUCUGAUGGCUGUGGGCUUUGAUUUCCCAUGAAAACCAGAGAUGCAAUGGAAUAAAGCU